GCAAGAAAAUGUAUAGGAUCGUGUACUUUUGAGAAACAGUUAAAGAGAUAUUGGCGUUUAAAGGUUUUUUGAUGACGUCAUCAAUCCUUCCACUCCGAAACGGAUUUGGGGACCCAUAUUUAGAAAAAAUUACCCAAAUUGGUCCUAGGUGGUCCAUAGUUACCCAUGCGUAUUAGACAUGCAUAUUAGACAUGCAUUUUUCGGUUACUUCAAAGAAAAAAUUUUUGUCUCUUCACCGCAGAGGUUUUUUAUGGGUUAUCUUCGAUGUCAGGACUUUCCAAAUUCGUUGACUCAAUAAAAAUAACCGGCCCCUCCUAGAAAAUUGCCUUUAUAUAAUAUCCACAAUGUUAUUACUUAAAACAUCAAGACAAGCGAAAGAGUGUAGCUAAUGGCGACUUUAUUAUUAGAUCAGGAAGAGCAGCUAAGAGAGUUACUCCAGAUCAACAAAGCAUGGAAGGAAAGUUAUGACAAGCUUUCUGAAGAAAACCAAACACUGAAGAACCUAUUAUUGGUUUCUGCAAAAGAAUGUGACAGGGACCGGUAUAGCAGACCAAGAAAGCUUCUGCUAUCAAAACGCCAGUUACUGAAGCAACAAGAACGGGCAAUUAUGUUGCACUCAGUACCAGGACUUCAUAUUCCUGGCACAUUUAUUGCUACAAACGUGGAGAAAGAUGGUAUAAUGCAGAAGAUGUAGCUAUGAUAUUCACAUCGAAGCAGCUGAAGUAGCAAUGUAAUAUUGUGGCUUAUGAUGAAGAAUAAAGUUUAAAUGAAUUGAUGUGUACUAUAUGUGUUCAAACCGUUUGUAACUUACUUAAGAUUUUGCAACAUCUAUUCCUAAGUUUUUUUGUAUGCGUUGUGUAUUUGCAAGAUUUAAUAACUAUUAAUAACAUCGCAUGUAAUAAACAGAUUAGUUGUCAUGGCAAUUACUUAGCAUUUGUUAAUUCCUUUUCAUGGUAACCGUGGGUGUGUCAGUUGUUGUGUCAGUUGCUUAUAGCAGCGGCAGGAAACGUAUCUGUAACAGCAACGUGAUAUAUGAUGCUGGUUAAUGCACUUCUUUGCAGCGCUCAUUUCAGCGACUUGUCAGAAUAUCCGUUUUAUUUUCACAUUGUCAUGUUUUUUUAAAAAAGUUAAAUUUAUACCCUAAAGUGGUUUUCUACACGAGUCCUAGUAAUUUUGCCCAAUUCACUUUCUUAAGUUUCUUAACAUUUUGCAAGUGGUUUAGUUAAAAACAAAAAACAAGGAGAUAUAGAAAAAUACCAAAACAUACGCACUACAAAGAGGACUGGGUACAAAACUGUGAAAAGCAGAAACAAAAUAGAUAUAAAGAAAAAAUAAAACGAGUUUAAAAAUUACAAAGUAUUUUUUAGUUAAUCUCUUCGUACAUCAAGUACAUCCUCAGACUAAAUGAAUAAUAACUCGAAUUUUACUUAUUU